UUCGUUCUACAUUCCUAUGUCUCGGCAAAUCGAAAUCACCGCAACAAUGGCGACGACCUCUUGGAAGCGACUGUCUUCCAUCGCCAAUGACGUCGUCCAACGCUGUGCUCUGAAAGCCGGUAGUUCGGUGGAAGGAUUGGUGGAGGAGUUUGAGAUUUCGUGGAAACCUGAGACCAGAACCUAUUCGAGGAAGUUCGUGGAGUUUUGUAGCGCCAAGGCUCUGGCGGAUAUGUGCCGGAACUUGGAGGAAGGUAUUGGCAAUGGAUCGUUUAGCCGCUUCAGCUUUGAUAUGAUGCUUGCUUGGGAGAUGCCUACUUCUGAAGAUGAAGAGUCUCGCAAGGAGUGCGUGGCGAAGGCGAAAGAAGAGAAGAAUAAAAUCAUAGCAGCUAAUGUGCCUCCCGAGCAAGAUGAGAUCCCUCUUUUCUAUUCGGACCUUAUACCGUUGCUUGUUAACGACGAUCCAGAUGUUGGAGAAGAUGCAUUUGUGUGGUUAGGUUCUUUAGUUCCAUUAGUAUCGGAUCUUGUCAAUGCAAGAUUCACAUUCGAAACUCUAACAGCACCAGCUGGACACCGGCUUCAUUUCCCAGCAUAUGAUAAAUUUCUGAAGGAAAUUGACAAAUGCAUGAAACAUCUGCAGAAACAGGCAACGCCAAAGGGAGUAGAAUUACGCGACGAUGAGUUCAUAUUACACGUGGAGGGGACUGCUAGCUCACAAAGGGUUGUGCGCCACAUUGGAUCAACAAGUUGGCCUGGAAGGCUUACAUUAACCAACUACAGCCUCUAUUUUGAGGCUUCAGGAGUGAUAGCAUAUGAAAAUGCAGUUGAGAUAGAACUAUCAAGGGACACUCUGCACAGUGUAAAGCCAGCUUCCACAGGACCUUGGGGUGCCCCAAUAUUUGACAAGGCAAUAGUCUAUGAGUCCCCUGCGAUAUUAGAGGAAGUUGUGCUGGAGUUUCCAGAGAUAACAAGUUCUACAAGACGUGAUCAUUGGCUAGCAUUAAUAAAGGAGAUUGUUCUCUUGCAUCGUUUUUUACGGAAAUUUAAUGUGGAAAGUCCAAUACAGGCAUGGGAGAUGCAUUCAAGAACAAUAUUAGGGGUUAUAAGGCUUCAUGCAGCCAGAGAACUGCUUAGAAUAUAUCCACCGGUUCCUACAAAGUUCUUAAUCUUUGCCUUAUGUGACGAGCUACCAAAGGGUGACUAUGUUCUAGAAGAACUUGCUGAGAAUCUGAAGUUGCCGAAUAGUGGACGGCCAUGUAGUGCAACUUCAGCCCUGAGAUAUUUGAACAUAUCACAACUAUCCGACUGUAGUGUAGAAGUAACGGAGAAAGUUUGUAAUAUAAGUACUGAACUUGAUGAAUCUCGGUCCUCCUUAGAGAAUGCCAUUAAUCAGGCCAGAGAAGAAGAGAAGAAAGUUGCAGUUGCCAAGGCUACUGCUGUAGGACUGAAAGAGGAGGGAAUUGGUGAAAGUGUAUUUAUCUUCAUGGAGCUACUAAAGCCACUCAAUAGCAGGUUAUCUUGGUUCAAAGAAGUUCUUGAAUGGGAAAGCCCAGUGGCUACUGUUAUUGUGCUCACUGUGUCUUUGAUAAUUACAUAUAAGGAGUGGUUCGGCAAGGCCGUGGCUGCCUUCCUAUUUUGGGUGGUCAUGGCGAUGUUUCAAGCGAGAAUGGAAAAGAUUCGGGAAAACUGUGACGAGAUUGUGGUCUGCACUGCCACUGACCAAAGUACAAUGGAGAGCAUAGUGGCUGCCCAACAAGGUUUGCAAAAUGUGCACGAGAUUGUGAAGACUGUAAACAUUGCAGUGUUGAAGUUUUGGUCCAUUUUCAUAUCCAAAACUCGCAAGCAUUCAGACAUUGUGAUGUCGGUAUUAUGCGGCGUGGCAAUAACACUGGCAUUAGUUCCAACAAAGUACAUAAUAAUGGGGUCAACAUUAUAUGGGUUUUUCAUGACCUCAAGGCUACGGAAGAAAACUGAGGAUACCCACAGCGGUGGGGACAGACGACUGAAGGAAUGGUGGGACUCUAUCCCUGUCAUCCGCGUCCGUGUUGUUGGCAAGCUACCUGAGAGUGACAGCCAUUCCACUUAAAAAGGGUAACCCUCCAUUCAUCUUUUUUCGUUCCUUCCUAGUUUGGCCAUCUUUUUGAUUGUUCAUUCUGAUGCUCUGCGUGUGAGGUCAAACUCAUAUCCUUGUCUUGUCUUUUGCAAGUACACGAAGUUGGGCCCCCACAGAACAACGUGACAAUGGAAUUU